GUUUCAGAAGUGGUAUAAUUCAUGAGGGAGGCAUCGAAACGUCAACCUUCCUCAUGCUUUUCUGUCACGCCAAAAUGCAGAAAAAAGUAUGAUGCUAUUGUUAAAGAUGGGACGUCAAAGUGUUCAUUGAAUGAGAAAAUUCUUGAAGUGCCUGGAAGAAUCGCUUCUAUUGAAUUAUUCAAUUUCAUGUGUCAUGAAAGUUUGAAAAUCAAUUUUGAUGUACUCAAUAGGAAUUGUUUCUUUAUUGGUGGAUCAAAUGGGUCUGGUAAGAGUGCAUUGUUUGCGGCAUUAAAUAUGGGUCUUGGAGGUCGAGGAAGCCAGAAUGAACGUGGGAAUGCAGUGAAGCAGUACAUAAAAGACGGUCAGAGUCGUGCGAAAGUACGGAUAGUGCUAACAAACCGCGGUUUCGGGAGAUAUCCAGGUUAUGGCGAUGCUAUUGCUGUUGAGCGGAUUAUAAACUUCACUUCGUCAACAUAUCAACUGAAAUCUCUCACUUAUAAAGGAGGGCGCUGUCAUGAAGAGGUGGUAAGUCACAAAAAGACUGAUUUGGAUAAACUGCUAGCAAGAUUCUCCAUACAACUUGACAAUCCGAUAUUCUGGAUGUCCCAAAACCGAUGUCGCGAAUUUUUGCAAGAAUUGAAACCAGGAAAACUUUACAAUAUGUUUAUGGCUGCAACAGGAUUAGAUUUCUCGCGACAAUGCUACAGUGAAAGUGAAACAUACAGUGCUGAAUCGGAAAAACUAGUGCUAUCUGUUCGACAGGCUUGCUCUGACAAAUUAAAGGAAAUCGAAAAGCUACGUGAGGACCGAAAGCGUAUACAAAAUAUGGAACAAAAUAAACAGAGUCUCUCAGAGCUGAAAACCAUCCUUCGUUGGCUACCAAUUAGGGAUUGUCACAAGGAUCUCUGUAGGCAUGAAAAGCUGCUGGUAAAAGCUGUCGAAGUGUAUACAAAAUUAAAGGAAGGAUUUGCAGUAAAGGAGAAAAUGAAAGCAGAUUGUCUUCAGAAAUUUGAACAAAUACAAAAAAAUAAAGAUGAAUUGCAAGAAAAAAUGAAAAAUCUCCAAAUCGAAUUGAAAAACUUGGGGAAGGAAAAAAAGAGCAGACGUGAUGAAAUGUUAGACGUUGGGCAACAAUUGAGCGCCGUAGAACGAAAUCAUAGGGUAUUGGACGCGGAGAUUAGUUCAAUGGAGCAGCAACUGAAGGAGAUCGAAGCAAAGAAAAAUCAAGGCAUUCACUACAGUAUUGUUGAAGCUGAAGCAGAACUGUUUGAAUUAGAGAAUCGAUGUACGGCAGUGAAAGAGAAACAAUAUCUAGUGGAGGAAAGAAGAAAGUGUUUCGAAACAGAACUGACUAAUGCGAUAAAAGCCGAACGUAGCCUUGAAGCGGAUAUUUCUCACUGGAAUGCUAUGUUGCGAGAACUAUGUGAUGAGAGAGAGCGAAUGGUGGCAAUGCAACAAAAUUGUCUAGCUCGUUUCGGUACAUCGGUGCCUCAGAUCGUUAGUUUAAUCAAACAAAAUGCUGCUAAAUUCUCGAAAAAACCAAUUGGACCUAUAGGUGCCUAUAUCCGGAUAAAAGAUGAAUCUUGGGCAUUGGCUGUAGAACAUUGUUUGCGGCAUUUACUUUCAGUGUGGUUGUGUGAUAAUGUACAGGACCGGAACAUUCUGGAUUCGAUUCUGCAGAAAUAUAAUAUCCGCACCAUGGGAUACAUCAUCAGCAAGUUUUCAGAGAGCCGAUAUGAUAUAACUUUGUUCGAACCACCAUCAGAAUAUUUGACUGUGGCACGAAUGAUGACUGUGACGGAUGACAAUGUUUUCAAUGUAUUAGUUGAUCAAACGCAGAUGGAAUCUAUUCUUCUUAUUGGAUCCGAUGGUUUAGCACGCAAAUUAAUGGCGCAAAAUCCUCCAAAAAACGUCUGCAAAGGUUUUACCAAAAAUGGCGAUGAAGUGUUUGCAAAAACGGGUAAUCAGGUGUAUCGCUUCUAUGGAAAUCACCGUUAUCAGAAGUCAGUCAUAUUGACUAGUAUUGAGAUAACUAAUGCCAGAAUAUUUGAUGACCAAAUAAUGAAAGCGGAAGAUGAAUUACGAAGUAACAGAGCGUCUUUAGCAAAGGUACAGAAAAAUCGUCAAAAAUUAGAAGCAGACAUGACUAAUGAGAUACAACAAAGUAACCAGGAAUUGCAACGCUUACGAGUCGAUGAAGUACGACGACGCUAUUUGCAAAAACGAUUGGAUACUGCACGAUUUGAAGGCGGUGUUGAUGGUCAAGUCAUGAAUUUGGUUUCAAACUUGGAUCAAUAUAGAAGGGAAAAGGAAAAAUUCAUACAAUCUGGGGACGUUCUGCAACAGCAGCUAACUAGAUCACGUCAGCUGUUACGUGAUACAGAAAUAAUAAGGGCCAAGAAAGCUAGAGAAAUGGAGGCGAAUGAAAAUGAACUCAAGAAAUGUGAAGCAGAUUUGGACGAAUGUAGCAGUGAAGUCGAUAAGAUGAACGACUGUGAGAAUGAAUACCGUCAGAAGUUAUCAAAGUUGGAAAUUCAUAUUAGUGGUUUGGAAGAGAAAAUAAAAGCGUUGAACGAGAAACUGCAAAAAAUUAAAGAAGAAGCUAAAGAAUCGGUUACUGACGCACCUCCUGAUUUUGCAAAUCUACCGAAUACGGCGGAAGCUGAAGAACGAUGUAGAAAACUGGAAUGUCGUAUUCAAUCUGCACAGGAGAGCUUGGAAGGUACUGUAGUGUCUGAAGAAGCGUUGCGUGCUCUGCAGAAUAGUUAUGAACGUCUACAAAGAAAAUAUAACAGUGCUAGACAAGUCGUUUUGGGAUUGAAGAAUCGAUUAAAAUUGAGAAAUGAGAAGUUUAUAGAAGUGCGAAAUCUAACGGCUAAGCGACUCAACGAAUUAUACAGUGGUCUGAUGUCGAUUAGGAAUUUCAAAGGUUCACUGAUUGUAGACCAUGGAGAGCGUGCUAUUUAUAUUAUAGCGGGAACUCAGAAAAAUCAAGAAAUUGACCAGGUCGCUCUCCUUGAACAUUAUCGAGGAAAGGGCAAUUUGCAGGAUUUGAGAGGAUUGUCUGGUGGUGAACGGACUUAUACCUCCGCUUGUUUCGUUAUGGCUUUAUGGCAGGCUAUGGAAACUCCCAUCCGUUGCAUGGAUGAGUUUGACGUAUUCUUAGACUUGAACAACCGGAAAAUUGUGAUGGAACUCUUCGCAGAUCUCGCUACUCGUCAAUACCCAUCCCACCAGUUUAUUUUCUUCACUCCUCAAGGAGUUGCCGAUUUUGCUCAUCGUGAUCGUGUACAGCUCUUCGAAAUGCCGAAAAUCAGAAGGUGAAAAAAGACUGAAGUUGUGAGUGUUGCUUGUGAUUAUAUACAAAGCAGGCUUUUAUACUCAAUAUUUCAUGAUCUCAUUCUCGGGAAAGUUCAUUUUUUGUAUCAGUGAAUUUAUGUUUUUGUGUCAUUUCGGAGUGAUGUUAAAUAGUGCAAGGAAUUAAUGCAACUUUUACCUAUUAUUAGUUUUUACCGCGAUGAGUUACUACCCAUUAUAAAAGUAAUUGCAUCAAAAAAUAAAGCAUAAUUUUAUUGUGUGGUGCCUUCCAUCCUUCCAUUCCCAAUGAUCUCAAGUUUCAUAAUUGCUUAGUGAAUUACACUCAUGCUAUGAAUUACAUCAUCAUUUUUGGUUUGUGUUUUGAGUUAUAUGUAUUUUGUUUGGAGAAAAUCCCGUUUUCAAGUCGGUAAAAUUUUGCGUACUUUUUUGAAAAUUUAUUGAAAAUGGUAGAAAGACCAAGUAUUUUUUUGAAUGAAUUGGAA